AUGGACAAGCACUGCCAGGCACUGGUUAAGCUCGAGCUGCACGCGCAUAUCCACGGCUCAAUUCGACAUGCAACGUUAGAAGAACUUUUGAAGAAGGACGAAGCCAGACGAGACGGUCUCGUGCACCUGGAAGUCCCAUUGAAACGAAGUCUGGCCGAGUGUUUCCAGAUGUUCCAGUUGAUUCACCACGUUGUCACGAGCCGAUCAGUUCUCCGUCGAAUUGUCACUGAAGCAAUCGAAGACUUUGCAGCAGAGAACGUCAAGUAUCUCGAGCUGCGUUCGACGCCUCGAAGCUUGUCGAGAGAUGGGGCGACCCGUAUGGACUACGUGAAUGAAGUCGUGACGGUACUUGCCGAGUGCUGUGCACGACGAGAUUUGGACAUUCAGGUGCGUCUUUUGCUGAGUAUCAACCGGAAUCAGUCGCUCGAACUUGCUGAAGAUACGGUGGAUAUGGCACUGGAGCUCAAGAACAAGCAGAGCUGUCCGUACCUUGUCGGUAUUGACUUUAGCGGCAAUUCAGAGUGUCCAGAGUCCGAGUUUUACCGCUUUGAGCACGUCCUCAGACGCGCUCGAGCCGGCGGACUUAAACUUGCCGUGCACUUUGCUGAGCAUUUCAACGAUGCUGAGUCAAGUCAAAUCCUGGCGUUCCGACCGGAUCGGCUGGGCCAUGCUUGUUGUCUAUCCGAGCCUCUGUAUGCCAGGAUGUUGGCACUGCGCAUUCCAGUCGAAGUGUGCUUGACCUCCAACGCCCACACGCUGGCCCGAUAUCGUAGAGACGGAGACUGCAAGUGUCCGUCUAGUGCCAAGCAUGAAAUAUCUGGACUUUGUAUAUGCGACUACACAUCGCAUCCGCACCAGAAGCUGCUUGCCAACGAGCGAGAUCUAGAGCAGCACGGUGUCUACCCUAUGUGUCUAUGUACCGACGACUACGGCGUGCUCGGCACGACACUGUCGCUCGAGUACGUGCGAGCAGCGCAAGCAUUUGGACUGAGUAAAGCACGACUACGUGAUAUCGCGGGGGCGUCUAUAGAUGCUAUCUUUGACCCGAGCCAAGUGCCGAGGUUGAAGGCAUUGUUCAGCCGUCAACAAGUGGCACUAAAGCAGGACUGA